CACGCUUGGAUUGUGGAUCCGCCUCUUCUGAACGUUUCGAUGACGCUGAUUUGUCAUGUGCGGUCAAGGUCGUUCUACAUGGAGAGUGAUGUCGAUAGUAUUACUAGGCUAAAUGGAUUUAUUCCGCGAACGAUGAACAUUAAAUAGACUUUAAUCUGUUUGACAAUCUAUUCCUUACUCCGGACCAAGGUGGUCAGAUGGACCCCUCCCUAACAGGGAUGGAGAAACUCCCAGGGGUCAUGGAUCCAUACUUCAGUCACCGGAAAAAAAGGACAACAUCUGUUGAUUGGAGAACCUGCUCGUCACUGGACACCAAUGAUGAGGAUUCCCUGAUGGAUUGUGAUCGCAGAAAAAUUGGCUGCAAGUCAAAGAGCAGCAUGAUUGACCCUCAAAACUGCAAUGAUAGACAAAAUCACAGUGAGAUCGAGAAGAGGCGGAGGGACAAGAUGAAUGCUUACAUCACCGAGCUGUCGUCGAUGCUCCCUAUGUGCAAUGCCAUGAACAGGAAGCUGGACAAACUCACUGUGCUCCGCAUGGCGGUACAGCAUCUCAAGUCUCUACGAGAGGGUGCAGCUAUGUCAAUACCUGAAGCAAGGCCGUCCUUUCUGUCAGAUGAUGAUCUCAAACAUCUUAUUUUAGAGGCAGCCGAGGGCUUUCUGUUUGUUGUAAGCUGUGACAGAGCCAGAAUUCUCUAUGUGUCUGAAUCAGUGCGGAACAUCCUUAACUACACAAGGCUUGAUCUGAUUGGUCAGAGCCUUUUGGAUUACCUCCAUCCACAUGACAUCAACAAGGUCAAGGAGCAAUUGUCUGCAUCUGACAUCUAUCCCAGGGAACGGCUGAUUGAUGCCAGAACCAUGAUGCCAGUGAAGACGGAGAUGAUUAGGCGACCGACGUACUUGUGUUCUGGUGCUCGGCGAUCAUUUUUCUGUCGGAUGAAAUCUGGGAGCUCUGUAACAGAUCUAUGUUCAGGACUCAAGUCAGAGAAGGACAUUGAUCUGGAGCUCUGUAGUCGCAAGAAAAAAUCUGACAGGAAAUCCUUCACUGUGAUACAUUGCACAGGGUACCUCAAAUCGUGGCCUUCAUCAAGUCUAGACCUUAAGGAGCAGGAAGAUUCUGAGGAUAACUGUGACUUAAGCUGCUUAGUGGCAGUGGGACAAAUCAAAAUGUCAUGUGACAGAAAGAUAGUGGACAGAGACAGUAAUAUUAAUGUCCGAUGUGUAGAAUAUGUGUCCCGAAUGAGCAUUGAUGGAAAAUUUACAUUUGUUGAUCAGGGAGCAACAAUCCUGUUAGGCUACCUACCUCAGGAAUUGCUGGGGACAUCAGUUUAUGAAUUCUAUCACCAAGACGAUAUCUCUGUCAUGUCUGAUAUACAUCGAAAAGUUUUAAAGUCAAAAGAAAGAGUGAAAACUAAUGUGUACAGAUUUAAAACUAAAGACGCAUCAUUCGUACAUUUGAGAUCAGAAUGCUUCAGUUUUCGAAAUCCCUGGACAAAGGAAGUGGAAUACAUUGUGUCAACCAACACUUUCGUACCGGAACAAGAGGUCACAAGUUCAGGUCAAAGUGUGGAUGCAGGGUCAGAUGUCAUGGAUGCGAGCUGUAACUGGGAAUACAAGGAAGACCACCAAAAAAUGUCCAUUGACAAGAGGAAGUCAGUGGUGGGGGCAGUCACCACGGGAACCAAGCUUGGGGCAGGGCGCAUUGGUAGACAGAUCGUAGAGGAGAUGAUAGAAAUGCAAAGGGGCUUUAACACAACCCUUGCAGACAGUACAAACUCUGUUCCUGUGGCAAGUACUGGAGCCAUAGGUGGAAAGCAUUUUGGUUUGACUAAUGGUCUAGCAGUGAAAGUCCCAGAUCCACCAGUUGCUAUAGCAACAGAAGUGUCAGUGCCAAGUGAUGUCACUGCGACAUUAACAAGUCAUGUAACCACACGGAAAAAUGGCUUAACAGUUCCUAGUCAGUCAACAUCCACAGUGGGGUCUGUAGCUAGCACAUCAUCAGGUGCCACUCUGAUUGAAGGAGUCAUUGCUGAGCAAGAAUCAACAGACAAUGAGACUGGACAGAGCAGCGACCAAGGAAACGACGAAGCAGCCAUGUCAAUCAUCAUGAGUUUGUUGGAAGCAGAUGCAGGUCUGGGAGGCCCUAUUGACUUUAAUGAUCUCCCUUGGCCAUUAUAGUGAUACAGAAUGUUAGAAAAGGAGACUGGAGAUUGAGACAUAAUUGAAUUACUUCCCCUGGAGGGAGUUUCAAUGAUUGUUUUAUUAGAAUAUUGUUAAUUGGUGAAAGAAUGAUCGGCGAUGGCCACUGCUGUGGUGUGCUUGUUUAGCUGACGUGUGAUGGAGGUCUUCAGUACAGGCCUCUCAGUGCUCCGGUGAAAUACAGCAAUCCAAGGAGAAUCCAGUCUCUCCCCUGAAUGGUCACCUUGGACAUGGAAAAAAUAUCACAAGUUCAUAUCACAUGAGGAGUAGUCAGGAUGAGAAAUCUGUGGUGUUAAAUUUGUGACAACAUGUGACAGAGUGCCUUGUUGUGUCAGUAGUCAUCAUGUAAGUUAAAUGGCAUUAAAUUUGUGACUACUUGUGUGAGAGAGUGCCAUAUGAGAGAGUGUCGUGUAAGAGAGAGAGUGUGUGUCAUGUAAGAGAGUGACCAUGUAAGAGAGGGUACCAUGUGAGAGAGAGUACCAUGUGAGAGAGAGUGUACCAUAUGGGCGAAUGUCAUUUGAGAAAGAUAGUGUUUUGUUAUCAAUAUGGUGAGUCAGUGGCAUAUAAUCUGUGAUUACAUAUAUAGUGCUAAUGAGAGAGUUUUGCAUCUUGUUGGUAGCUUUUUAACUACACCAAGGAUGAGUACUUAAUCGUAAACAGUUCAUAGUACCUUGUUAUCCCACAGAGAGCUCAUUCACGUGUAUCCAUCAAAAGAAAAAGUGAAAGUUCAGAUAUCUUAGAUUACUGGACAUCUGGUGUAUUAUCGAUAUCAGUCCCAAAACAUGGGGGAUAAAAGGUGUUCCAUGUUGUGAUCUUUGUAGAUGUCUUAUUAUAAAUAGUAUCUGUGUAAGCCCCAAUACAUUGGGUUCUCACAACGUUAUACCAGAUUUUCAUGCUAUAUGUUGUGAUACAGUAGGGCAUACCUGAGGCAGGUGACAUACACAUACCUGUGACAGGUAAUAUUAUUUCAACAAGUUAACAUCCGUUUCUUACAAGUGCUUCUUCUGAAAGCCUUGGUGCAUGAAGUAAUACUAUGUUACUGUGCCCUGUAUUGCAUUGUCAGAUAUGCGAAAACAUAUUGCUAUCCUUCCAGGUAGAUAUUAAGAAUAUUUGAAAGAUUCUUUAAAAACAAAUUAUUAAGAAGUUAAUUGGAAAUUCUCCCCUCCAUCUUACAACAGUGAGCUUUGGGUGUCAAUUUUUUUAGUCAUAAGGUCUGUGGAGAACACGAUUGAGUUGAUGUAGAAGUGAAUUGUUGUAUGUGCUAGAGGUAGGGAUGUAGUGCAAGGUUCUGAUGCCCAUCCCCACGUUAAUUAGGUUUCACAGUUCAAUGUUGACACCUUGUAAAGUGCUUGUUUAAUUAUGGUGGGGGUACAAAUUAUUGCGAAGGAUCCAUAAUCUACAGAAAGGGUAAUUUCGUUUCGUUUCCCGAAGUGCUAACUCUUUUGACGUACCUUUUGAAAAAGAGCGGAAAUUUUAUACCCACCAAAUUAACUUGCUUGAUACUGAGGUGUUUUUUCACAUCUCUCUUCAAAUGAGUACUGCAUAUUCAUAUUUCCAUUUCUAUCUUUAUAAAUAUGCAUAUUUUGAUCAAAGAAAUCCCAGAUUUUGUAAGAAUUUUUUAUAUAAUGUUGGAAAAACAGUUAUCUGUGUAAAGUUUUGCUCAAUUUCAUCCCUGUGUUUUACAAUAAUUGUAAUUUUUGUUAAUUUCACCCAAACAAAUUGGUGCUUCUUAUGUUAUUGUUUCAAAUUUUUGUAUGCAAAUCAAAGUAAAAAUAAGUAUAGUUCUGUCUACUGAAAUGGUGUUGACUUUUAUGCAAAGUUUUUCAUUGUGUAUGCCAUGAGUGUGAGGACCUGAACAUGUGUGUGGUAUCAGUGCAUGACACUGCCUCUGUUUAUUGUGACGCGAGGACCUGAACAUGUGUGUGGUAUCAGUGCAUGACACUGCCUCUGUUUAUUGUGACGCGAGGACCUGAACAUGUGUGUGGUAUCAGUGCAUGACACUGCCUCUGUUUAUUGUGACGCGAGGACCUGAACAUGUGUGUGGUAUCAGUGCAUGACACUGCCUCUGUUUAUUGUGACGUGAGGACCUGAACGUGUGUGUGGUAUCAGUGCAUGACACUGCCUCUGUUUAUUGUGACGUGAGGACCUGAACAUGUGUGUGGUAUCAGUGCAUGACACUGCCUCUGUUUAUUGUGAAGUGUAUUUGCUGUGAUAAUCGGAUCAGCACUUUUUCACUCUGUGUGUAAAACUCUCAAUCUACUUUUCCUAUUGUAUUUCAAAGUUGUCACAGUUUGUUAAUGAAGGAAUGUGAGAAUUUUAACAGUACAAGGUCCUGUUGCAUAAAAGUUUGUUAAGUUUAACUUCAGUUAAGUUCAAGAUAACGCUAAGUAAAUGUUGGAGUUAAUGGCAAGUAACUGUCAGUUAAAGUUAACUAACCAUCGUGCAACUGGGUCCAGUUUUAGUAUAAUUCAUGAACUUCUAUGUAUGAUCUCAGGAUUACUUGUAUUAGUUCCUGAAUACUGGGGAAAAUACUCUGCAUGUUCUGUAAGAAAAAAAUCUAAAUGUACUCUUAAAAAUUGGAUGAUAAUAGAGUGUAAGAAAACUGGCAUUUUCUGAAAUUAUACACUGCCAUAAGAAAUGGUUGGAGUAAAUAGUGUAUGUUGUCUCAUAAGAGUGGGUUUUUGUUGUGAAGUAUUAAGAUUCUGUCAAUACAAGAUUACUAUUAUAAUACGAGAUUAUUUAAAAAUCCCUAUGAAAGUCAAACAAACUAGUCCGUAUAAUAAUACACAUUGUCAACAAAUUUGUUAUAGUCCUAGAAUGUACUGAUAAAAGAACUUUUAAACUAUCCAUAGUAAUUAGACCAAAUUAAAAAUUGCUUUCUAUUUGGAGUUAUGUCAUAAUGAUUCUCCAUCUCUCCUUAGAGAUGAUGCUUAGGCCCGUCAUACAGUCUUCCAUGUACAAACUGAUGGCAUGCAACUUUGAAGCCUACCAUUGGUAAUCCGGUUCAUUCCUGUACGCCAUGGAUUUUCUGACAAUCGUGUGACUAUGCGAAAAAUUGAAAUAUCUAGUCAGAUUACAGGUUAUUGGGGUUUUUUUAUGCUAGAUUAUUACAAUUUACUAUAAUGUUUUAUAUCGGAGAUGAAUUUACAUAUGGCUGCAUCUAAGGUGCCAAACUAAAUGCCCUUAAUAUUUUGGGUAAGUAGACACACAGUAUUUUCCUCUGUAAAUGCAAUCUUUUACUAUUUAAAUAUCUACUAAGAAAAACAAUGAAUGUAAACUGUCUUCUGAUCACUACGACAGAAUGGACGUCUGAUGUAUUCAAGAAAUAAUUAUUAAGACUGACAAAUAUUGACAAGCUUGAGAGUUGUUUCUGUAUAAAGAUUAAGAUUACAUCAGUUAUAUUCUGAAAUGAAUUUCCUUAGAAGAUGGCUUUAAAACAUGAAUAACUAACGUGAAAGAUGUCUCCCUCGUUUCAGAUUGCCAAGUUAACGCAUUGGUGUAGAGGUUUAAUGAUUAGCUUUAAAGUGAGAGUUUGUAAGAGAUAUACUUCUGAAUGUGUAGUGGGCCUAGGUCGAUGUGCAGAUUAAAAAUGGAGAAGAGUCUGUAGAUUUAAAAAGCUUUACUUAAAAGUCUGGAAUAUGUACAUUGUGUAGAUACAUGUAGUUGUAUUGAAAGAUUAAUUUGUAUUUUAGUCAUACAGUAUUACAAUAUAUGAUAUAUGUGUCAUUGAGUGAUACGGUAUGAUGAUAUGUGUGUCAUUGAGUGACACGGUAUGAUGAUAUGUGUGUCAUUGAGUGAUACGGUAUGAUGACAUGCGUGUCAUUGAGUGACACGGUAUGAUAUGUGUGUCAUUGAGUGGCACGGUAUGAUGAUAUGUGUGUCAUUGAGUGAUAUGGAAUGAUGAUAUGUGUGUCAUUGAGUGAUACGGUAUGAUGAUAUGUGUGUCAUUGAGUGACACGGUAUGAUAUGUGUGUCAUUGAGUGAUACAGUAUGAUAUAUGUGUCAUUGAGUGAUAUAAUAUAUGAUAUGUGUGUCAUUGAGUGAUAUAAUAUAUGAUAUGUGUGUCAUUGAGUGAUACAGUAUGAUGAUAUAUGAUUAAAAGUGCUCACCUUUGUCUUGUUAAUAUUUUGGUUGUGUUUAGUGUAAUGAAUCUAUCAGAUAUAUACAUGUAUAUUAUAUACACUGUUAAAUCACAUGUGAAAUACUGGAUUAAAUUCUAUUUAUAUUGUU